UCCCUUAUCCUAUCUCAUCAUCAUGGUCACAAAAUAACCACUUCUAACUGUACACAGAAAGGAAGACAAGUAGCCAUGUCUUCCUUAGCAACCAGACAACUUUUCCACAUAACAAGUAGUAAUUCCCAAGAGCAAAUUUGUCCUUUCAGGUCUAGUCCUGUGUUCCUAACCAACAAGACCAACAACAGUAAUAGAUUCUUUAACAUCAGUGACUUUCCGGAUUACAAGAAUUUGACUGUUGUGGUAAAGGCAGCUGCUGGGGAUGGAAGAAUUUCACCUACGAAUCAAGAUGAUGAAGAUGGGGUGUCCUUAGAAACCAUGAAAUUGCCUCUGUAUGUUGAUCUUGCCAGAUUUGAAACUCCACUUUUUCAGGUUAAAAUACCUAUCUAAGUGGUGCUGUCAGACUGAUCCUUAAAAUGGUUAAGGCAGUGAAAGAUACGGUGAGGUCGACCAAAAGUGAUUGAUUUAUCGCCACAGGUAUGUUAAGGCUAUCCUUUCUUUCUUUUGGCAUGAUCCAAGUAUCGAUACGUAAACGUAAUAUUAUUC